AUGCUCGGCCCCUUCAUUUUCGCCGCCGUCGCCGCUCUCCCUGCGUUCGUCGCGGCAGACUUCAUCCCCGCCGGCUCCGGCGCGCACUUCAUCAACACCCAAAACACCACCCUCGCGCUGAAGGCCCAGGCGCUCGAGCCCGGGGCGAGCCUCGUCAUGGCCCUCGUCGGGGACGGCUCCGCAUCGGACCCAACCGUCCUUCACCCCGUGCUCGGCUCGGGCGUCCCGACGCAGAUCCAGACCGGCGGCGGCUUCUGCAUCACCGCGAACGGCGUCGAGCCCGAGGGCGCGACGCAGACGCUGGUCAUCGCGGAGUGCUCCGACGACCCGAAACAGCUCUGGGUGCUCAACGUGGACGAUCCCAUGACGAUCUCGAACGCGGACGGGAACUGCAUCGCGCUCGGCCGUCCCGCGGUCUCCGUCCCCGUGGUUCUUGACUUUUGCAAGGAGGAGGUGUUGUCGCACGAGCUCUGGAACCCGAUCGUGGCGUGA